AGAGAACGUCGCGUAGGGUCGACACAUAUAACCGGCCCGGGUAGACGAGCAGGUCUUCGCGCAAGCGCAGUGUGCAGGCCUCGGAAGGACGACUGCGCCUUUCGCACUGGUUUGGGCCCGGCGGGUCCCCUUACUCCGAUGACGUUCGGCCUCGGGCUGGCUUACUGUGUUUCUCGUCAGGCGAGAUGGCGGCGCAGAAGAUCAACGAAGGCUUGGAGCACAUCGCCAAGGCGGAGAAAUAUUUGAAAACUGGAUUACUAAAAUGGAAACCAGACUAUGAUAGUGCAGCUACUGAAUAUUCAAAGGCAGCUGUUGCCUUUAAAAAUGCCAAACAGUUUGAUCAGGCAAAAGAAGCAUAUUAUAGAGAAGCUAUAUGCCAUGAAAACAACAAAGCUUUCUUCCAUGCUGCAAAAUCUUAUGAACAAGCUGGUAUGAUGUUAAAGGAGAUGCAGCAACACCAUGAUGCCAUAGAACUCAUUCAGAAAGCCAGCAUGAUGUUCUUGGAGAAUGGAACCCCUGACACAGCAGCUAUUGCACUAGAUCGUGCCGGAAAGGUAAUAGAAAAUAUAAAUCCAGACAAGGCUAUUCAGCUCUAUCAGCAGACAGCAGCAGUGUUUGAGAAUGAAGAACGUUUACGACAAGCAGUUGAAAUGUAUGGAAAGGCUUCAAGGCUUUUAGUCAGAGGUCGUAGACUAGAUGAAGCUGCAGUAUCUCUUCAGAAGGAAAAGAGUCUUUAUAAAGAUAUUGAAAACUAUCCAACGUGUUACAAGAAAACGAUUGCUCAGGUCUUAGUUCAUCUUCACAGAAAUGACUAUGUUGCUGCAGAAAAAUGUGUCAGGGAAAGCUAUAGCAUACCAGGAUUCAGAGAAAGUGAGGACUGUGCAGCAUUGGAGCAACUACUAGAAGGGUAUGAUCAGCAAGACCAGGACCAGGUGUCUGAUGUGUGCAAUUCACCACUCUUUAAAUAUAUGGACAAUGAUUAUGCAAAGCUUGGUCUCUCGCUGACUGUCCCAGGAGGAGGCAUAAAGAAGAAGUCUCCAGUUACUCCCCAGGGCAAAGCAGAUGGAUCUGCUGUUCCAGGGUCUCGUGUGCAUGAAGAAGAUGACGAAUAUGCAGGUGGACUCUGCUAAUUCCAGUUAACACUACUCCAAUACCAGGCUAGCUAUUUCUGGCUAGUGAGCAAUUCCAAAUGCACCCAAAUUGCCACUAUUUCUGUGCAAUCAUGAAGUUGAAAAGAUAAUAGUGAUGUGUCAGCUUUUGGGGUCCUUGUAUAAAAGCAUGGCUAUACAUAUUAAAGUGUUUCUGGGUUACAGUCUUAAAUCUUAAGUCUUUUCAGAGCAUUUGCUUUAAUGACAAAUUUGAGUACCAUGGUCUUCUUUAAAAGAGAAGCACAUUUGGAAGAUGGCAUUUAUUUUCAGUGUUUUUCUCCAAGUAUCUCUGGUUUCAGGGCCCAUUGCUUUAUGUUCCAGUGUCAGAUGAGCCCUGUGUGAGGUUAGAGUCCAUGGAAGGGACACUUAAUCUCUCAGGUUUAUGUGCUGUUAUUACUAUACUGCAUUUUAAAAUAAUAUCAAUAAGCUGCUGAAAGCACCUUGAACUAUGGCAGAUAUGGUUUUUUCCACGUGAACGCAUUAUUUGAUGAAGCUAUAUACAGGGUACAUGUCCGACUGCCAUGUAUAUAGGAGAUCUGUGAGCCAGUGCCAGGAUUGCACAAUUCAGUUUUUUUUUAAAAACAAAAAUUUUCAUAAUCUAGCUUUUGUUCCAUGUAACACUGCUCCAGGUCAACUGUAAAAAAAUCCCAGUUCCCUUUGGAAGUUAAAAAUAUUAGGUGUAGAAUUUUUAGCACUUCUUUCUUGAGAUAUAGAAAGUUGUAAUCUUGGUGUACAAAUAGUGGCAAAUAUUUUUCCUUUGUGUAUUAAUAAUGCAGAAAUCCAGAAAAUGUGUCAAGUAUACUGUUCUGAGAAUAGGUAUAUUUAGACUCUUUCAACAAAUAUAUCACCCGCUGGACUAUUCUUUUUUACAGUGAAUGUCAAAUUUGCAGUCUGUUUUACAGAGAAAUGGUACCAUACUAUUUGCUGAGAUCACUUUGAAUCCUUUAUGCAUCUGCUCCUGCUUCUCUCCUCCCACCAGUACAAGUCUUACAUUCAUAUAAUUUCAGGCAUAUGUUAACAAGAUGUGUUAAAUGUUGGAGGAGCUGAAAAAGUACAGGAUUUUGGUUGAUACCACACAUAGAAAUUACAGACAGCCAAUCUAUAUAUAUGUAAGAGGGCUUUGAAGAGAAAUAUUCCUUGAUAUUGCACUAUUAUAACUCCUGGAGAACAUCAUGGAUCCCUAAAUUCCUCAGAUGUCUAUGGAAGUAGUAUACCACAGGAGAGGGGUCAUAAAAAUGGUCAUUAACAUUCCUAGUAAUUUUGUCUUGUGAAAAGGAACUGUUUACAUUUCAGGAACAUAGUUUCUUUUUGAAUGAAUAUCCAAUCACAGGCUUUAUACUUGUCAUUAAGAUCCUUAUUUUAGGUGGAAAAAAGUAACUGAGAUCUUAACUACCUUUAAAAACUAUUAAAUAAUUUCUUCUUUCCGAAUAUGUAUUUAGUAUUUAUUUUCCAAGGUAUGCUGCACAGUUCCUUUGACUAACAAAAUGCAGGAGAAAAAAAUUAAGGAAAUAAUGCCAGUUUUAAAGAGCCAAAGCAGCAGGUUUGCUUGCAUGAGUAUGCUAAAAUGUAGUCCAAGGUAAAUAACUAUAUUAAAUACAACUUGUCUGUACACCCAGAUGCUAUGUAAACUGUGUUUAAUGCAGUGUAAACCCUGUGUUUUGUAACUGCCCAGCCUCUGUGGGAUACAAUAGAGUAUGAAAAAAUAUUUAUAAUUGCCCUGUAUCUUCAGCCUCUCUGAGAAGAAACUAUGUAUUUCACCUCUUAAAUAAAGCUUAAAGUUAUGAACUGUA